AUGUCAAACCUUCCCUAUGCCGCCGAUGCGGAAAGCCCGCUGAAACCCGCCGAGCUUCAGGUGCUACGCGCCCAAUAUGAGAAAGAAGGCGAUUACGUGGGCAUCCAAACCAAGUUCAACUUCGCCUGGGGCUUGAUCAAGUCAAAUACCCGACCCGACCAGCAAGAGGGCGUCCGCCUUCUGUCGGAGAUUUUCCGCGGCGCACCGGAACGACGACGGGAGUGUCUAUACUAUCUGGCUCUAGGCAACUACAAGUUGGGCAACUACGGCGAAGCUCGUCGGUACAAUGAUCUGUUGCUGGAGAAGGAACCGGCCAACCUCCAAGCAGCCAGCUUAGGGUCGCUCAUCGAUGAUAAAGUGUCCAAGGAGGGACUAGUGGGCAUUGCUAUUGUUGGGGGCUUAGCUGUGGCCGCGGGUCUCGUGGGUAGUCUAAUUCUCAAGGGAACCAGAAGACGGUGA